GAUGGGGCAGCCUGAGGUUGGACCUGGGUUCUACCCUCCCGCCAUGCACAAGCUGUCAGUGCCAGAAGACCCAGAACAGUGGGACGUGGACCCUUCAUUUUCAAUGACACACAGUUUGGAGGCAAUGGCAAAAGUAAAAGGCAUCAGACGAGGCAAAAAGUACAACCUGAUGGCUCAAGUGAUACCCUUAUAUGGCUUUGGGAUCCUUCUUUACAUCCUUUAUAUUAUACAUAAGCUGACAUGUAGGGGGAAGGUUAAUAAACCAGGAAAGAACUCUGCAGUAAUCGUGGGAACCAGGAAGAACACAAUAAUCACUGCUGAUGAGCUUGCCAGGCUGCAGGAGAGACUGCUCCAAACGGAAGAGAUGAUGGAGAGGAUUGUGUCCAAGAGGAACAAUAGUUCUGGGAGUGGUAGACGAAGGAGGAGUAAAACCACCACCUCGAAGAAAGAGGAGAAAUUACUCAGGCAGCUGAGACAGAUCACACAGCUGAUUCAAGAGAGCCGAUUGGAGGGAGCCUCCCCAGAGAUGGAGGCCGAGGAGGUCCCAUACGGUGCAGACUGGGAAGGUUACCCAGAGGAGACCUACCCAGAGUAUGAUGAACCCUGCCCCAGACGUGGGUUUAAGACAGUUAAACUAGAGGAACCCCCCACACAGCCCACCGCUGAGGCCCUAGCAGAGAGGAUGGAGCAAGAGGAGGAAGAGGUUAUGGCAAGGAAACUCUCCAUAGUGCGAGAGGAAGAGGAAGAGGAAGAUGAAGAUGAAGAAGAUGAGGAGGAGGAGGAGGAGGACACAGAAGCACAAGAUGAUGAGGAUGAAGAUGAAGAGGAAGAAGAGGAGGGAAUAGAAGAAGAUAUGGGAGUAGAGGAAGACAUAGACGAGGAAGAGGAUGAUGAGGAGGAGGCAGAGAUAAGGCAGUUGCUCCGUCCUCCAUCAUCCCAGCCUGGUCCUGAAAGAACGACGACAAGAAUUGGUUUGGAGGUGAAGAAAGAGCUGCAGUGUAACAAUAGCGGGAAGAAGCAAAUCAGCUUCAGCGAACACAAGGAUAUAUAUUUCCAGAAUGAGAAUGUGCUUAAUGACAAACAUGGAGACGCACAUGAUGACAGUGGGUCCAAGGAUGUCAUCCCGAUACUAACAGCAGUCAGGGUGUCGUUACCUAGUCUGUAG